AUGACCCUAGACCGCAGUCUCACGGUCUUGUCGAUCCGGUCUCAGACUGCAGCAAAAAUGAUCCCAGACCACAGUCUCACGGUCUUGUCGAUCCGGUCUCAGACUGCAGCAAAAAUGAUCCCAGACCGCAGUCUCACGGUCUUGUCGGUCUGGUCUCAGACUGCAGAAAAUGAUUGCAGACCGCA